GGAACACGGUUGUGAAAGCUCUGGAAAGUCCCAGGCUGGAAAUCCCCGCAAUUUGGGCUUUUCCGCCGAGAACGUAAAAAAACCUUUUUACAUAAAGUACAACGCAUUGGAGACAGACGGAAGCGUAUAGUGAACUCACUGAGGUAGAUUUCAUGGCGAAGGCUGUAUGGCGCUGUGCAUCGCCUCGGUUAUUCUGACAAGAAGGGGCAGCAGAAUCACAGGGGCAUCUGUGAGGGACUGUUGUUGUUGAUACCGACAUAUUGUACAGGGGGACGAAACAUGUCCCAGGGACACAACUUCCUGCCCAAGUUCCUGUUCGUGAGCAACCUGCUGAAGGCCAUGAAGAUCCGGCAGCAGGUGCCCAACGACGUGGUGCCGCCCUCGUCCAGCGGCGGGGUGAUCCACCACCUGCGCAGCCUGCACCGCCACACCCUGGACAUGCUCCCCAUGAGCCACUUCCCGCAGGCUUUCCGGGAGGUGGUGCAGGCCGUCCUCCUGGACCGGGUCAUGCAGGCCUCGCUGGAGCAGGAGAAGAAGCUCAACUGGUGCCGCGAGGUCAAGAGCCUGGUGCCACUGCGAACCAACGGUGACGGGAACUGUCUUCUCCACGCCGCCUCGCAGUACAUUCUGGGGGUGCAGGACACCGACCUGGUGCUGCGCAAGGCCCUGCACAGCGCGCUGAAGGACACGGACACUCGCAACUUCCGCAUGCGCUUCCAGACGGAGCUGCUGCAUUCGCAGGAGUUCACACAGACCGGCUUGCGCUACACCACCCUCAACUGGGAGGAGGAGUGGGAGAAGGUGGUGGACAUGGCGUCUCCUGUGUCCGGCCGCAGCGGGCUGCAGUACGACUCUCUGGAGGACAUCCACAUCUUCGUGCUGUGCAACAUUCUGCGCAGACCCAUCGUUGUCAUCGCAGAUCAGGUACUGCGGAGUAUGAAGUCGGGGUCCUCAUUUUCACCCCUCAGCGUUGGGGGUAUCUACCUGCCGCUGCACUGGCCUCCGGGGGACUGCUACAAGUAUCCCAUAGUGCUCGGCUACGACUCACAGCACUUUGCUCCCCUCAUCACCGUCAAAGACAGCGGUCCAGAGAUCAGAGCCGUGCCACUGUCCUGCCCAGGCAGGGGCGUAUUUGAGGAGCUGAGGGUUCACUUCCUCCUGGAGAAGGAACAGGAGCAAAGAGAGCGGCUUCUGAGGGAAUACCUGCUGCUGGUGGACAUACCUGUGACCGGACUCGGCUACGAGGCCGCACAUAUCAUCCAAGCAGCCAGACUGGAUGAGGGCAACCUCCCAGAGGACAUGAACUUGAUGGAGGACUACCUGCAGCUGGUCAACCACGAGUACAAGCGCUGGCAAGAGGACAGAGAGCCGGCCCUGCAGCCCCGCCCGGAGCGGCCCCCACCCUUCUCCGUCUCCCAGCUCUCCCUGGUCGAGAUCCGCUGCGCCACGCCCAGGUGCACCUACUACGUUUCCGUGGAAACCCAGCCCCACUGCCACGAGUGCUUCGAGAGGCAGCGCGCUGCCGGACGGUCCGACGACUCCCGCGGGGCGGGGCCCGAGGCGGAGGGCGGGGCCAGGGCGGCCCCGGGCUCCGCCCUGCUGCCCAGCCCCCGCUCUGCCCCGCCCACGGCCCCCAGCCUCAGCCUGUACAGCGAGACGCACGCCAUGAAGUGCAAGACGCCGGGCUGCCUGUUCACCCUCAGUGUGGAGCACGACGGCCUGUGUGAGCGCUGCUUCAGCGCUCGGCAGGAGGGCCUGCCCCGCCCGGGCGCGCCCCAGGACCUGCCUCCCCGCGGCUGGGCCCAGCGCGGCCGGCGGGAGGCCGAGCGCUGCUCCGUCUGCCAGCAGGAGGCGCUGCGUAUUUUUAACGGACGCUGCACGGACUGCCUCUGGGCGGACAGGGACAGGACGGCGCCCCAGCCCGGCAGGGCGGAGGACUCCAGCCUGACGGCGCUCCACCGCCAGGCUCCGCCCGCCAGGCCCUGCAAGAGGUCUGGGUGCCAGUACUACGGCACGGCAGAAAAGCUGGGCUUCUGCACCAUAUGCUACGUGGAUUACCAGACCAACCACCGACCGGAUCCAGCCACGGGCCAGCAGUGGGCGCCGUCGUCGGGGGCGCCGCGGUCGGAGGCGGGGUUCCAGAACCUGUCGCGGUGCCUGACAGCGGGCUGCGGUGCCGCGGGCCUGCCGGUGUGCGAGGGCUACUGCAACAAGUGCUUCAUAAAGGAGCAGGGCGUCAGGCUCGGCAGAGUGGCCCCCAGGGGCCCCCUGGUGACGAGAGCUGCGCAGCCGAAGCAGACGCAGAGCCGGGCGCAGUGCAGCCGGGCCAACUGCGGCAACGCGUCGGCGGGCUGGACGGAGCUGUGCGCCGAGUGCCACGCCCGCGGGCAGAGGGAGGGGCGCAGGGCGCAGGCGCCGAAGGAGGCGUCCAAACAGCGCUGCCGGACCCACGGCUGCGACCACUACGCCAACCAGGAGAAGCAGGGCUACUGCAACGAAUGCCACCACUUCAAGCAGAUCUACCGGGCGUGACCCCAAAGGGCUAUGGAGAGGAAAGGGGGAGGGGGGGCGAUUGGUCCACGUAUGCUACCCAUCAUGCAGUGCGGCGAUCCUCUGACACUAGCAUGCCUGCGGCCAAAAAAGCAGCUGGGUUGUUUGGUGAACUUGAACAGCGCAAGGGGAGAGUGGCUUCUUCCUUCAAGUGAAAUUUUAUUGUAUUAUACGAUUAGAUUAUUUAAAUCGUGUUUAAUGAGACUAUGUUAUUGACCCGAAGUGAUUUAAUCUCGAUUGGAAAGUGUUCAGUUGAAGGAAAAAGCCGGCUGAAAGAAGGUGCCCAUUGCUGUGAGCCGCAGACCUGGGCGAGCUCGCCCAUACGGAACGAUGGUGCUAGUUGUACAGAAACACUCCUAAGGUUCAGCACCAAGCUUUUGUGAUGUGGAUAUAUCAGCCCCCUCCUGCUGAAGGCAGAGGUUGAGCCUUUAUUCCAUAAUCCUCCUGAACCUGUUUCUGACAGCUUUUGCACAAAGAACAAACCCGUCCAGUUAACAUGAGGAUCACCCAUUAGCAGCGUAUUGGGUCAUAUUUACUUAAAUGUAUCUGACGUGGCUAUUCUGCCCGAUUUUAGCUGUAAUGGAAAAAUAGGUUUUCCUCUAAAACAAUUUAUCUAACUUUAAUUGAUACAAUCCACUCUCUGGUAAAACUGAAGCGAUUACAAUGUGAAGUGCAUAACAGUAAUGUGAUUGUAGUAGGUUAAAAGGAGUCACCCACCGAUGGUUGAUCCUAAGUGAAACUGGCAGGCUUAGGAGUCAUGGGAAACAGGUUCAGGACCAUUAUCAGUUUAAAGGAAGUUUUCUGCCUCCCAGAUGUGUAGCUCACUGGCUGCUACUGUCAAAGAUGUCUGCUUGGAGUCAAAAAGGUGUGUUUGCUUCAUGGUUGUGUCGUUUGUAUGUUUAUUAGCCUUUUUUGUCUAAAGUGCAGCAAAUACUGUAAAAAUCUUUUCAGUAGCCUGCUCCUACGAGAAGUGUACUGCUACACCUAGCAGCUUUGCACACCAGCUGAGAUAUUGUUGUGUUCUUGUUGAAAUAGUACUUACAUUCCAAGAAGGCGGUUGACAUGACCAUAGUAAUGAACAUAGUUCAAGUCAAUGCAAGCGAUCAAGCAGGAGUGAUCUUGACGGGCAUGUGAUUGAGGGGAACGCCAGAGGAAUGAGCCGUGGUUAUAUCUGACUGGAAAUUUAGAAACUCCUUUAAAGAGCUGGCACCGCAAGCGCAUUUUUAUAGACCUAGGCUGUAAUUAAUCUCAUAUCCUCCCCAAAAACUCUUAAUCACUCUUGAGGGAAUUGCCCACAUCAAAUACAUGCAAAACUCCCUUUGUCUAAAAUGAAAGAGAAAAUCAGCGUCUCAUAAAUCCCUGACAGUGCCCCACGCCAGAAAGAUGGGUGUGUAAACACUUCUGCUUGCACAGCCGCAGUCUCUUUUCCCUGGGAGCCCGCCUCACCCGUCUGUCUCCUCCUCCAUUUGCUUUACCUGCCCCGCUUCACUCACUCAGUCUCUGUCUCUGGGCCCUGUCUCAAACACUCUGGGUCCAGUCUCCCUCCCUCUCCGCCCAGUCUCUCUCAUACUGGAUGCAGUUUCCCUCUCCCUGACUCUCGGUCCAGUCUCUCUCGCUCUCAGCUUUUUCUCCCUGACUCUCGGUCCAGUCUCUCUCGCUCUCAGCUUUUUCUCCCUGACUCUCGGUCCAGUCUCUCUCGCUCUCAGCUUUUUCUCCCUGACUCUCGGUCCAGUCGCUCUCGCUCUCAGCUUUUUCUCCCUGACUCUCGGUCCAGUCGCUCUCGCUUUCAGCUUUUUCUCCCUGACUCUCGGUCCAGUCGCUCUCGCUCUCAGCUUUUUCUCCCUGACUCUCGGUCCAGUCUCUCUCACUCAGCUCUCGCUCUGGUGUUUUUACUCCGGCCUCUUAACAGAACUCCUGUGUUCUGUGGUUAUGCCUGUCACAGUUGCACAAAUUGAAAUGGUUUUUUGUAUUGAGGUGUUGGUUAUAAGUCUUUAUCUGAUAUCAUGGUAACUGCCAAAAAUAUUGACAGAGAUGACUGUGUGUUUGUGAGUUCUUUUGGCAAAAAUGUUACCUGUAAAAUUUGUAUCUGUGGAAUACCAUUAUGUUGUUAUACUGUAUAUAUUUUUGUCAUAUUUACGAUAUUGAAAGCAUGGAUACAGGUCUUUGCUUUUGCCAAAGUGAACACACUGAGGGGCAAUAAUUUGUCAUAGAGAUAUUUAAGAUAUUCACACUUAAUGGCUUUGAACUCGAUUCAGAGAGUCAAAAUUGCACAAUACUUUAAUAAGCUGAUCUGAUGCAAAGGAUGGUACCCAAAAACCCGGAACAUUCCAGGAGUAUGUGAUCAUUAAACAAGUAAAACCUAGAGAAACGAUUUUGCAGAACAUUUGUUUCUUUGUAUCGUAUGAAAAGUUUUUUUUGUCUGUUUAAUAUUUAUUCAUUUGAAA